AUGGACAAAGUGGAGGCCACGGCGACGGUCCGAGACUUAGACCCCAUCAGUGGGAGCAUCCCGGCCACCAAAGUGGAGAUCACCGUGUCCUGCAGGAAUCUUUUGGACCGAGACACUUUCUCCAAAUCCGACCCAUUGGUUGUGUUGUACACCCAGGGCGUGGAGUGCAAACAGUGGCGAGAGUUUGGGAGAACAGAGGUGAUAGACAACACGCUAAACCCAGACUUUGUCAGGAAGUACAUCCUGGACUAUUUCUUUGAGGAGAAGCAGAACCUGCGCUUUGACGUAUACGAUAUUGAUUCUAAAAGUCCUGAUCUCGCAAAACAUGACUUUUUGGGACAGGUCCACUGCACACUUGGAGAGAUUGUGGGCUCUCCUGCCAGUCGCCUGGAGAAACCUCUAGGGUGA